AUGGUCGCGACGAACAAAAUCCCUCGCGUCGCGGUCGUCGGGGCCGGCUUUGCGGGCCUGCGUUGUGCCGACGUCCUCGCCCGCAGCGGCGUCAAGGUCACGCUCUUCGAAGCCCGCGACCGCAUAGGCGGACGGGUCCACCAGAUCGAGUGGGCCGCGGGUCAUCUCGUCGAUAUGGGCCCCAACUGGAUCCACGGCACGAAGGGGAACCCAGUCAUGCGUCUCGCACAACAGACGGGCACACUGAUCAUAGAGCCCGACGAGGAGAGGCAAGCUCUGUUCGACACUCAUGGGACGAGACGACCCGACUCGGAGGCCGUGGAACUGCCGAGCAGGAUAUGGGAAUUAGUCGUCGACGCGUUCAAGUACUCUGACGAGAACUCCGCGACCAUCGACCCUAACCUUAGUUUGUUCGAGUAUUUCCGCGCGAAGAUCGAUAGCCAGAAAGGCCUCGACCGGUGGAAACGCGACGAUUUGUUACACGAAGCGCAGAUGUGGGGGCCCUUUGUGGGCGACGCCAUCGAGACGCAGAGUCUCAAGUUUUUUUUCCUCGAGGAGUGCAUUGAAGGGGAGAAUGUGUUCGUCGCAAGCACGUACCGUGAUAUCCUUAGGGAGGUGGGUCGGACAGCGACAUCCAGCGACGAGAUCGAGCUGAGGCUGAACACGGAGAUUGUGCACUUCAGAUAUACUGACGGCAACGAUACUGGGCUACAUGGCGGCGAUGGUAACAAGGCCAACCCAAGCCACCACAGCGGCACAGGCGCCGUCACCCUUACGACAUCUACCUACCAAAACCACACCUUCGACGAAGUCAUCAUCACCUGCCCCCUAGGCUGGCUGAGACGGAACCACGAAAAGGCAUUCACGCCACCCCUCCCGCCACGCCUCACCUCUGCCAUCUCAAACAUCAACUACGGCCGCCUCGAGAAAUUAUACGUCACGUUCCCACGCGCGUUCUGGCUGUCGUCAAACGACGUGGCCAGCCCCGAAAGCUACCCCGUGUUCACCCACUUCCACGACCCAACAUACAUUCCCCACCCCGAGGACGAGGCGUGGAACCAGUCCGUCGUCUCGCUGGCCCAUUUGCCACCGCGCGCCGCGCACCCGACAUUGCUAUUCUACAUCUACGGGGCAUGCGGGACGCGGCUCGUCAACCGCAUAUCAGACUUGGGCCGGGUUGGUGAUGAAUAUAAUGCCACGCUCGACGCGUUCGCGCGCCCCUUUUAUUCCCGCCUGCCGAACUAUUCGCCCACAGACCCGUCCUGCACGCCCACCGCGUUCGUCAUGACGCAGUGGCAGGCCGAUCGGUUCGCGGGGAACGGAUCGUACUGUAAUUUCCAGGUCGGGCUGCAAGCCGGCGACGAGGACAUCAGGUGUAUGCGUGACGCGGGCGGGCUUGGCGAAAGGGGAGUGUGGUUGGCGGGCGAACAUACCGCGCCGUUUAUCGCGCUGGGGACGACGACGGGGGCGUGGUGGAGUGGUGAGGCCGUCGCGCGGAGGCUGUGUGCGAAGUAUGGUCUCGCUGUGGCUGAAGAGGAGCCCACUGAGGAAGGGAGUGGUGGCACGGUGGACGUUAAUGGAGUCGACGGGGUGGCUGGGGAAGAAGCUGGGAAGAAGAAAGAAUUAGAUAAGAAGAGGAUGGAUGGUGCCAAUUUGAGUGGAUUGGCGAUUUGA